AUUACAAUGUAAUGUUUGUAAAUACGUAUUUUUAAGUUUUCCUCUUUUACGAACAAAACAUUGAUCGAAAUUGAAAUUUUCAUUUUCCGUUAUUAUCUCAAAAUACUUGAAGCGAGUAUGUUAAGCAUUAAUAUGUGUCACGGGUAUUAUUCCUGCUCAUUUUUGUGUUAAGUCAAAAAUCUUUCUGAGUGUAGAACUUCUCACAAUUUAUUUAAUAUCUCAGUCUAUAUUUGAGAUUUGAGAUCACAAUCAUUUCUAAUGUACACGGGGGCGCGCUCGUCGAGCACCGGGACGUCUGAUGGAAAAAAAGGAGGGAGCUACGCGCUCUCUGCUGCGCGCUCCCGGCAGCACUUUAGUCCGAUCUCGCACUUUAUCGUCCCGUUAAGGGAUCCCAAACAUCCUGCAAGAUGACCAUCAGCACUGUGGGUAAAGGAGACUGGCACCGGGAGCAAAUGGCAUGUUUUCGAAAGAUGGAAAAAGUGACUGUGGCCAUGCAAGACCCUGACAUGGGUAUGAAGAUGCGAAACCAGAGGCUCCUUAUUACUGUCAUUCCACAUGCCAUGACAGGCCGUGAUAUAAUAGACUGGUUGAUUCAGAAAUAUAAUAUCUGCGAUGAAGAAGCUCUGCACCUUGGCGACAUGCUGGUGAGAUACGGGUAUAUUUACCCUCUCAAGGAGCCCAGAUGUCUUGUGCUACAGCCCGACGAGUGUCCGUACCGCUUCCAGACGCCUUAUUUCUGGACCAGUACCCGGUGGCCUGCCUCUGAACUGGACUAUGCAAUUUAUUUGGCUAAAAAGAACAUACGGAAACAAGGAGAAUUGAUGGAUUAUGAAAAGGAGAGAUACAGUGUGUUGAACAAGAGGAUCAACCACACAUGGGACUUUGUGGUGAUGCAAGCCAGAGAGCAGCUCAGAGCAUCCAAACAGAGGAGGAAGGCUGAUCGCAUUGUUCUAGAAUGUCAGGAGCAGGCUUACUGGCUCAUCAACAGACCCCCGCCCGGGGCACAUAAUGUGUUGGACAUGGGUCUGGAGAGACCGAAUACCUUCAGCUCACGCGUUCCGCUGAACCAGAACAGCGACUACUACAAAAAGGAGAUUGAAACCUGUAGAAGAGCCCUGGGAAGAAAUCGGGUGAAGUCGUCCAUCUGCCUGGAAGGUUUUGUGAAAUAUAGUGAGCAGUACCAGAACCACGACCCCAUUAUGCAAGGCUGCCUCCCCAGCAACCCCUGGAUCUCCGACGACACCGCGCACUGGACGAUGAACGCACAAGUCGUGCCCACACCAACGCGCCUCCGAGUGGAGCGCUGGAGCUUUAGCUUCAUGGAGCUUCUGAGCGACCCCAUGGGGCGGCAGGAGUUCAUGACCUACCUAGAAAAGGAGUUCAGUGCGGAGAACCUGUGUUUCUGGCAAGCCUGUGAGGACAUCAAACACGGAGAAAACUCCAAGAUUGGAGAGAAAGUGGAAGACGUUUACAAGACUUUUCUGGCUCCGGGAGCCGUCCGCUGGGUCAACAUCGACAGCAAGACGAUGGAUAAAACGCUGGAGGGAAUCAAAGAACCGCAUCACUUCGUCAUGGACGACGCACAGAUGCACAUCUAUUUCCUAAUGAAGAAGGACUCCUACCCAAGAUACCUUAAGUCUGAUCUCUAUAAGAACAUGUUGGCCAAAGCUGUCGUCCCCCAGGAAACCAAGAAAAGUGUUUUCCCUUUCAUGAGACGCCAGCGCCACUCCAGCCCCUCGCCGGCUCAGGCAGUCGCCGUGGCAACCGAGGAUGACGGCCGCAUCAAGCAGGCCGGGCAGGCAGGUACCAACUCUGUGGCCGGCUCCCAGGUGUGACAGUGCCAGUGCAAAGAUACAUGUCAGACGCCGCCACCUCUGUCUUCAUUGUCUUUGUCGGUCACCAUAGCAACCACCAGGAAUUGUCCUUUUCUCCUUCUGUUUUCUAGUCAAAACUUUUCUUUUCAAUGUUCAGAGCUCUGCUUUCAGUGUACAUCUUCCUUUCAGCAUGCAGGUGGGAGCAUUAUAGCUUACUGUCAGAAACAUACUCAACCCACAUCUGCAUAUCAUGAUGGUUUUAAGUCCACCUUCAGUAGAAGACCCUUUUUCUCUGUCAAUAUCAUCAUGAUGAUGUUUAUCUGUGAUCAAUAUGAUCAUGUGGAUCAAUAAAUUAAUCAGAGAAUUCAUUUUGAAGGAGUCAAAAACCCAAACUUUUGACAAAAAAGUCAAUAAAUAUACAUAUAUAACUUUAUUACAUAGUAACGUAAUUGUGAAUGUUUUUUUCAGCCAUUGUCCUGAGUUUGUGUCUGAUUGUGUAGAGUUUGUUUCUUAGAGUCAGUGCUUGAGGUUUUUGUUUGACCACUCAACCAGUUUGUUUCACUGUGGUGGACAUUUGGUGGAGGAACCAGACUGGAUAUUGGAAGUAAGUCAAAUAUUUAAAGAUAUGAUUGCAGUGAAUAUUUGUAUUUGUCUAAUUUUACAAAUAAGGAAGAAAAAAAUGUCUGAAGUAAAACUUUAAUCUUGCAAACAUUAACUAAAACAAAAACUUUAAGUUUAGCAAAUGUUAACUUAAAAUAAAUUUAAUUGUUUUUAGGUUAGCCAGUGUCCAUGAGUUAUAGACGUAAUAGUGAAGUUGAAUUUUGUAGGUUUAGUUCAGUUUGUCAGAGUCAGAGCUGUGUCUCUACAGUCUGAGGUUUUUGUACGACCACUCAACCAGUUUGUUUCACUGUGGUGGACGUUUGGUGAAGGAACCAGACUGGAAGUUGGAAGUAAGUUCAUGAGUUAAUACUAAACUAUAAACUUUGAAUUUAUAUUUCGGAUUUAUUUAGGAUGUAUUCAGCUCAAUAAUAUCACAGGUCAAAGUUUAGGUUUUAUUUGUUUCUCUUGAUCUUAUAGAAAAUUCAGACAAGAUCUGAACUUGUCUAUUAGGUCUAAUCUAAUUCUAAUCUAACUCAGGACUGUGGUUAUCAUUCAGCUUGUUUUAUUCUUUCUGUGCCGAGGCUUGAUGCUUGAGCAUGUUCUCAUCUCAAUAAAGUCACAGCGACAUUCA